UCCCGGGACCCGGGCCACACUCUCCCGGCUCGCGUCCGCAGCGUAGCAGGGAAAGUGCCGGGGCCAGUGCCGGGAGGGAGCUUAGGAGGGCUCAUAGGACAUCUGAGGAGCUGCCAUGUCCGGGAAUUUUGCAUCUUCCUCAGAGCAGAACAACAACAGCUAUGAAACCAAAACCGCCAGUCUUCGAAUGUCAGAGAAGAAAUGUUCGUGGGCAUCUUACAUGACCAACUCCCCAACUCUCAUCGUUAUGAUCGGCCUGCCAGCCCGGGGCAAAACCUAUGUGUCCAAGAAACUCACACGCUACCUCAACUGGAUUGGAGUGCCCACCAAAGUGUUUAAUCUUGGUGUAUAUCGGCGUGAAGCAGUCAAGUCCUAUAAGUCCUAUGACUUCUUCCGGCACGACAAUGAGGAGGCCAUGAAGAUCCGCAAACAGUGCGCUCUGGUGGCGUUGCAAGAUGUGAAGGUGUAUCUUACUGAGGAAAGUGGGCAGAUCGCGGUGUUUGAUGCCACCAACACCACUAGGGAGAGGAGGGACAUGAUCUUGAACUUUGCCAAGGAGAAUUCCUUCAAGGUAUUCUUUGUGGAAUCUGUCUGUGAUGAUCCUGAUGUCAUUGCUGCCAACAUCCUGGAGGUAAAGGUGUCGAGCCCUGACUACCCUGAAAGGAACAGGGAGAAUGUGAUGGAGGACUUCCUAAAAAGAAUUGAGUGCUACAAAGUCACCUAUCGGCCCCUUGACCCAGACAACUAUGACAAGGAUCUGUCUUUCAUCAAGGUGAUAAAUGUGGGCCAGCGAUUUUUAGUGAACAGAGUCCAGGACUACAUCCAGAGCAAGAUAGUCUACUACCUCAUGAAUAUCCACGUGCAGCCUCGCACCAUUUACCUUUGCCGGCACGGAGAGAGCGAAUUCAACCUCUUGGGGAAGAUUGGGGGCGACUCUGGCCUCUCGGCACGGGGCAAACAGUUUGCCCAGGCUCUAAGGAAGUUUCUGGGGGAACAGGAGAUAACAGACCUCAAAGUGUGGACAAGCCAGCUGAAGAGGACUAUCCAGACUGCUGAGUCCCUGGGUGUAACAUAUGAGCAGUGGAAGAUUCUGAACGAGAUUGAUGCUGGCGUGUGCGAGGAGAUGACCUACAAGGAGAUUGAGAAGCAGUACCCAGAGGAGUUUGCGCUUCGAGACCAAGAGAAAUACCUGUAUCGAUACCCUGGCGGGGAGUCGUACCAGGACCUGGUGCAGCGGCUGGAGCCUGUCAUCAUGGAGCUGGAGCGUCAGGGCAACGUCCUCGUCAUCUCCCACCAGGCUGUCAUGCGCUGCCUCCUGGCCUACUUCUUGGAUAAGGGUGCAGAUGAGCUACCAUACUUGAGGUGCCCUCUCCAUACCAUCUUCAAACUUACUCCUGUGGCCUAUGGAUGCAAAGUAGAAACCAUUAAGCUCAAUGUGGAGGCUGUGAACACUCACCGUGACAAGCCAACCAACAACUUCCCCAAGAACCAAACCCCUGUAAGGAUGAGAAGGAACAGCUUUACGCCUCUGUCCAGUUCGAAUACAAUAAGGCGUCCAAGAAAUUACAGUGUUGGGAGCCGGCCCCUCAAGCCCCUCAGCCCUCUCCGUGCCCUGGACAUGCAAGAAGGGGCCGACCAGCCGAAGACCCAACAACACACCGUGGAUCUCAACAGAGGACAUGAGCUCAUGUGUUUCCAGACCAGUCUUAGCUGUUCUCCAGUAUGAAGCAUCUCUCCGCCCAGGGGCAAGUUGACCAGUGGCUGUUGCGGGACAUUUCCUCAGUUGGGAUGGUCUGGAGGAGGAGGAAAAGGGAUACACUCCCCUGGGUGCUUAGCGUAGCUGGCUCUGAGGUUAAGUAUGCCCCAUAGACUUGGUUUUUGUCCUGGGUGUCUAAACCCACUAAUGUCCUUGUGUUGGUAAAGUGGGGGGCAGGGCAGAGGGCGGACACAGAAGCCCAUUUUUCCUUCACUUCCAUUUCUUCAAGGUGUGCUCUACUCACAGUCCUUACUUGCCUGCUUUGUUCCCCCUCCCUCAUCUUCCCUUUGGAUUUUCCGGUGUGAUGCACGGCAUUGUCAUCGGUGUUUGUCGAGGUGGGAAGGGUGGUUGACAAGAGAGAAGUCAAGGCUCUGUUGACGCUCUCUGCAGGGGCCUUCAGUGGAUCUGGACUCCAGGAGCAUGAUUUUUCCCCCCUCUCCUUUCCUCAAGCCAGGUCGUGAAAGGGUCAGCCCCGGCCUCAGAACAUCCCACAGGUGCUCUGGAGCCUACAGGUGGACAUAGAGUGAGAGCUCGCGCCUCGGUUCACGAGACCCAGUGUGAAGCGUGCGGUGCCCUGGGGGAGUGGGCUCUGAGCUUGCGGGAAGUAUCUGGAUGGGUAAUUUUCCCUUCAGGAGCCCAGGCACAGGUCCUUCGGCGGCUGUGGAGUGAGGUUCAGGCCAGGACGGCCUCUGGCUCUUGCAGAGUCCAUGUAGGGCCCGCACGUCUUUUUUUUUUUUUUUUUUCCAGCGGCUCCCAGCUUUGCCAACCACAGCAGCUUUCCUGCCAAGGCCAGUGACCUCUGGGGCCAUUUAGAAGGACAGAGUUAAAGAGUCACCUCUGAUGGGAUUGCUCAAGCGGCAGAGAAGAGUUCACUAGAGCUGCUUCUGAUUUUUCCGUAAUUUUCAAUACACUCCCCUCUUUACGUUAAAACAAAUUAUGCAAGAGCAGUUGUUUUUCCUUUAUUCUAAAUAUGGAGGAGCCUGGUAAUGAAUUUAAUCUCCCUCGCUGGCAUAUUCUUUUAUCUCGUCUUGGUGUCCAGAAGUCUUUGGGGACCCUGAGGGGUCUAGCUUUUCAUGGUCUGGAAUUGCCUAUUCUCUUCUGUCAUGUUAUUUUCUCAGUAAGGUUAAUGUUUAGAGCAAGGGAUUCGUAUUAGCUCCUCGGUGACCCGUGACGGUGUACUGCCCCCACAGCCCCCUCCAGUUCUGUAUCUAAGGCAAGAACAUGUGUGCAGUUUUUGGAGAGAGAAGUCCAGAUCUCAUGAGAGUUUUUUAAAAAGUGAUGGAAUGAGUCCACACCUUGAAGUUCCUGAUUUGUCUUUUAGAGGGAACCUAUUUGCCAAGGGUGGUUUUGUUAGGUGACAGGUGACCUUUUGUCAUGGCUGUCACCUAGAAGCAGUCAUCAGGAUCCUCUGUAGAACUUUUGAAACGUAGACAUGCCUGGGUCCACUUCAGCCUUAACACUAACUCAGAAUCUUUGGGAUUGGGGUCUAGACACGCACGUGUUGAAGUAACUUCCUGAAUUUUGGUUCCUGCUGCAGGUUAUAACUCCAUUUUAUGAAGUUGUGGGGGAGAAGUACUGGAAUAGUUCCUCGGACAGGGCGUAGGCCUAAGAAUUCUGAAUCCCUCUUGGCUCCGAAGGGACAGUUCUUUGGAGUCAGAUGUGUGAGCAGAUCACAGUAUUAAACGAAGUGACGGCUGUGAAGGUAGUCUGCUGUGUUCUAGAGGGUUACUCUAGGUUCUAGUCCCAUCUUUAAUUCUUUGUAUUGAACAAGUCACCGUGUGAAUAAAUGUCCUUGGGUGAUAGCUGGGAAUUUUAAGCACUCUGGAUAAAGGCACAGAGAUAAAACCUGAGGAAGAUAAGGGUUAUCGUCACAGACAGCCUACUUGUGACCACGAGUCCUUUAUUCUUACGUUCUGAGUAGGACUUCACGGCCUUUCCAAAGGCUGCUUGCCUAGAUUCUGCUCCUAAUUGCGUCUAACCUGCUAUUCCUGUUUCGCUAUUACAUUCUGUGCCCAUAGUGGCUUUGUGGAGCUUGGGGGUGGUGGUGGGUUUGGGGGUAGAGUACACAGAGGUAGAAGAAAGGUCUUUGCCCUGAAGAAGGUUAUAAUAGAGACAGGGUGUAUAAUUUCUACUAAACGAACAUUUGUGAAAGCGUGACACAUUGGGUCUGUGCGUGUCGUGACAGACUUGAAAGAGCAGAUUGAGAACUAGCUUCUCUUGUCUUUUAAUCCUCAAAUUAGCAUUUAGCUCUUAUUAACUGUACUAUCUUUGGUUUCUAAAGAUAAAAACGUGCAUCAUGCUAAGGGUCCACCCUAUCUUACUGUCUCAGGUUUGUUUGUUUUCCUCCCAAGAAGUUAGAGUUAGGAAUACAACUUAUCUGUAUUCCUAGACUGAAUGGACGGGUGUAUCCUGGGAGGGUCUGGGUGUUCCUCUUUGCACCCCACAUUUGAUCUGCAGAGGCACUGGCAUUUAGAAGAGACAUGACAUAACCUUGGAAAUGGACCCACCUUACAGUCUUUCUGUGAGUAGGGGAUCUAGGUUCUGGAGAAGCUCAUUGGUGCUUGGGGUAGCCAAAGGAUGGGGAAGAGUGUCCAAUAAUUGAGAGAACUAUAUCCGGGUUACACAGUCUUAGGCACAUUCCACUGUUUGUGCUGUGUUCAGAGGCCACGUGUUUCUUCUCAAGAAAUGUGAUAAAUUUACCCAGGUUUUCUAGUAUGCAUUUUGACUUGGUCAUGUUUGAAAAUAUUUUAAUUUUGACAAAUAUCUAACAAUUGAGUCAGAUAGCAGCACUGGUAACCAGAUUGGGGUUGAUCUCUUACUUCCCACAGAGGUGACAUCAGAAGUAUGUCCAGGAAUUUAAUUUAGAUGCAUAGUGUCCAGAAGACUGUAUCAAGUAGUAGUAUAUAGAUGCUGACUGACUGGCAGACGUGGGUAGAGUCUGUACGUUGACUGACUGACUGAGAGACUAUGGUAGGGUCUGAUUGACAGACUCUAAUAGGGUCUGUGCUGACUGACUAACAGAUUCCAGUAGGGUCUGUAUGCUGACUGACUGACAGACUCCAAUAGGGUCUAUGCUGACUGACUGACAGACUCUAUUGGGGUCUGUAUGCUGACUGACAGCUUCUAGUAGGAUCUGUAUGCUGACUGACUGACAGACUCCAGUAGGGUCUGUGUGUUGACAGUCUGUCUUCUAAUUGUACCAGUGAAUUGUAUAUGCAUAUUAUUUAAUUCUGUGUCUGUUACAUGUGCCCUACAAAGAAAGGAAGUAAACACUUCACGUUUUGUUUUUUUUUUUAGGGUGACAUUCUGUACACUAUGAUUUUUAAUAGACCUUUCUUUUAGAGUAGCAGCCAAAUUCCCUUCAUUUUGUAGCAAAAGAUGAAAACAUCACUUGGGUUAUUAUUUUGUAAACUCAGCGAAGGAAAUGCCUACUCAAAGCCUGAAAUUGUUACCUCUGCCUGAAUUCCUUCCAUCCCUUCUCCCCCUUCUAGGCAGGACCUCCCUUUCAUGCCCUGUUUCUGAACCUCCUGUGUCCUCAGUUCCCCAUUAUGGGAGGUAGCAGUGAGUCAUGCUGCUGUGUCUGGCCGGCCAUGCAUUGGGCUCUUACUCAUAAUGUAAUACCUAAAAGUGCAAAGGAAAUUUUGCACUUAAAAACUGAUUUUAAGAGUUGCCAAAGUAUUCUUUCCAGUGAGCCUUUCACUGGGGAUCUAGGACCAAUAUUUACCAACUCGGUGUUUUUGUAUCUGAACUGCUUGUGUAUAUAUUUUUUCUUAUUGUGUUGGAAUAACAAAAUCAACUCAUUCUGGUCUGGUGAUGGUUUUACUGUGGCAAAAGCAAAGGACUGAUCACGAGCUGUGCCCCUUGGAGGGGGUUGGAGAUGGUUGAAGGGAAUGGACUGAAUUGGGAACUCACGUACUAGUUAUCCUACGGAUUUCCUAGGCACAGCUCUGGUGAAAAAGGAAUGUGAGUCCUUACCAGCGUUCUGAUUUAAUCUGGUGACAUUGAUAUCAAAAUAUGCCACUCAGAUCCACAGAAGGUGUGUAUAACUAUAUUUAAAAUGUUUUUUUUUGUGUGUGUGUUUGUGUGUGUAGAAUGGGUAAAUAAAAUUGUUGUGUAACUUGAACCUA